AUGCCCUUGGAUGCUCGGCUGUCUUUUUUUUUGAUUGAUUGACAAUUCAUUCAAUAAAAUAUAAAACGUGCGUGCGAAACAGCGAGCGCGUAAAGUGCGGCGUAUUUGCGGCUCGAGAGAGUCCCCACGUUGCAGUGUUUCGUCUAAUUAAUUAGACCUCCGCGUGUGGAUCAUUGCUUCGUUCCCGUCCAACCGCGGUGAACGAACGGAGGUCAUUUCACUCCGACGCUGAUGAAAUCAAUUGUUAGUCUCGAGGAAGUAGUGAAUAAAUUGGAUCAGUUCUCACCCCUAACUGCAAGAAUGCCUAACAUCAAAGUGUUCAGCGGCAGCUCCCACCCCGACUUAGCACAGAAGAUCGUGGACCGACUGGGAAUCGAUCUCGGCAAAGUGGUAACCAAGAAAUUUAGCAACAUGGAAACGUGUGUCGAGAUCGGCGAAUCCGUCCGUGGCGAGGACGUUUACAUCGUGCAAAGUGGCAGUGGCGAAAUAAACGAUAACUUGAUGGAGUUGCUCAUUAUGAUCAACGCUUGCAAGAUAGCUUCUGCAUCCCGUGUCACCGCGGUCAUCCCUUGUUUCCCGUACGCUAGACAAGACAAGAAAGACAAAAGCCGAGCGCCUAUCACGGCUAAGCUCGUCGCUAACAUCCUAUCAGUGUCUGGCGCAGACCAUAUCAUAACUAUGGAUCUUCAUGCGUCACAAAUCCAAGGUUUCUUCGAUAUCCCCGUCGAUAACCUUUUCGCUGAGCCCGCGGUACUGAAGUGGAUAAAAGAGAAUAUUCCAGAUUGGAAAACUAGCAUUGUGGUCUCUCCUGACGCUGGCGGUGCUAAGAGAGUAACUUCAAUUGCUGACAGGUUGAAUGUAGAGUUUGCUCUGAUCCAUAAAGAAAGAAAAAAAGCUAACGAAGUAGCCUCUAUGGUACUAGUUGGUGAUGUCAAAGAUCGUACUGCAAUAUUGGUAGAUGACAUGGCAGAUACUUGUGGAACUAUUUGUCAUGCUGCGGAAAAAUUAAUUGAAGCGGGGGCGGUAAAAGUGUAUGCGAUACUAACUCAUGGAAUCUUCUCUGGACCAGCUAUUUCAAGGAUCAAUAACGCCUGUUUAGAAGCUGUAGUUGUAACUAAUACUAUACCUCAGGAAAGGCAUAUGCAGGAUUGCCCUAAAAUCCAGUGCAUUGAUGUGUCAAUGAUGCUGGCUGAGGCGGUCAGGCGUACCCACAACGGUGAAUCCGUUUCGUACCUCUUCUCUAAUGUUCCAUACUAGUUAAUUUUUUUAGUUAUUAGGUUAUGGUCUCCAACUGUCUGUAUCUGCUUGAAGGUUUUUGUCAAUUAAAAAACAGUAGUGGCAUCCAAAGCAAAUUGAUGGUUAUAAAUGAAUGUACCUAUGUUGAUAUUUCAAGCCAGUAACACAUUUUCAGUGUUUUUCUUUUAUGUUGGAAACCUGUUAAUUUAGUUUAGCUGUAAUGUUAGUUAUAAUCUCAUUAUAUUUAAGCCUAGCAUUGUUCUGUUUAAGCCGAUGCGAAAAAAAAAAAAAAAAAACAUUUUGUCUAUGAAUUUUAUAUAUAAAGAGAAAUUUUAUGUAUUUUGAUACACAAUUUCAUGACAUACUAAAGGUGUUUUUAUGUGUAGAACAUAGAUCAAACCCAUAAGAAUAGCCUGCUAUUUUGUUAUACAUAGUGAGUAAUACAGUCAUUACAUGCAUUUAUAUAUGAAUUUUACUCCAGUAUGAUUUCCUAGAACAACUUUAUGAAAAAAUGUGAUAAUUUUUCAAUACUAAAUUGUAUUUUUACAAUUUCAGUGGAUCUAAAAAGCCCAAUGAACUCUUAAAAGACAUGUCUUUUUGUUGAAUUUCUUUAACAAACUAUUAUUUACUAUGUUAAGGUAAUUGUUUUAACAUACCUACUAGAAAAAUGUCUUUAUUAUUUGCGAUACAAUCUAUAAAAAAAAAUAUGUGGCCUUUAUUGAUGUUAAAUGUAGCAGAAUGAUUGUUAAUUUUUUGUCAGGUCUUCGAUUUGAUGUGAAAUAUGUGUAGCGAAUUGUUUAACAUUAACAAAAUAGUAUAUUUUAUUGGCAAAAAACUUGUGCCACAUAGUGUUAUGAAAAUUAUGUGAGAUUUUUUUCUUUUACAACUUAUGUAUAUUUGGUCCUUACACUAAGACAUUAAUAAAAAAAUAAGCAAAUCUU